AUGGACGAAGGAGAUGAUGUUCCAUCAACCGAAGAAUCCAAGGAGAAAAUUGCUGAAACUGUUCAAACUGCAGCUGCAUCAGCUCUCGCUGCCGCUGCAGUCAAAUCAAAACAUUUGGCACAAAUUGAAGAACGAAGAAUCAAAUCGCUCGUUGCUCAACUUGUCGAAACUCAAAUGAAGAAACUCGAAAUGAAAUUGAGACAUUUUGAUGAGCUCGAACAAAUUAUGGAUAAAGAGCGAGAAUCAUUGGAGUAUCAAAGACAUCAAUUGAUUUUGGAGCGCCAAGCAUUCCACAUGGAUCAAUUGAAAUAUUUGGAGAAUCGAGCAAAACAUGAGGCACAUACAAGAUUGACAACUGCUGGAACUGUAAGUUUUUUGCAGACAUUUUUGAAAUACUAAAAUAACUCACGAUUUUAAGUGAAAUGGUCCACGAUUGCAAUAUUUUGUAAAAUUAGAAAUGACCAAACAUUUCGAAAAUUUUAAGACGAUUUUGAAACGUGAACCAUUUAGUACGAAAAAUUUCACAUUUCACAUUUCAUUUUCGUAAAUGUUUUGCACCAGAACUCAACCAGUCUUUGAAAAUUCUAAUAAAUUUUUUUCCAGUUACCCGCCGGUUUGCCUCCAGGGUUCGAAGUCACUGGCCCACCACAACCAACUCCACAAAUCCAAGUUAGCUCAUUGCCAAGUGAUGAGAAACUCGAGAGCGCUGAAAACAUUCGAUCAUCUUCUACUCAACCGCCACACGCUGCCACAACUCAACAACUCCAACAAUCUACACCUGCACCGCAACCAAUUCAGCAACAAGCUCCACAACAGCCGCCACAGCAACCGCAGCAACAACAGGCUCCACAGCCUCAACAAGGAUAUCCACAACAGCCUCAAGGUUAUCCUCCACAACAACAAGCCCAACAGCCACCUCAACAAGUUCAACAGCAGCAACAAAACCCAGGAUAUCCACCCCAGCAGCCACCACAAUCAAGAUAUCCUCAACAAGGUGUUCCACCUCAACAACAAGGCUAUCCAGGUUAUCCGCCACAAGGAUAUCCUCAACAACAAGCACCACAAGGAUAUUAUCCACCACAAGCUGGAGGAGGUUAUCCAGGUGGCGCUUAUCCACAACAGCAACAACAACAAAGGCCGCCAUAUCAAGGCCAACCUUAUCCAGGUCCACCACAAGGUGGAAGACCGGGCGGAUAUGGUUAUCCACCACAACAAGGUUAUCCACCACAACAAUAUAAUAUGGGACCUGGCGGAUAUCCACCACAACAACAACAACAACAACACAUUCCACAACAAGCACCUGUUCCACAAAUUGCUGAUCCUUCUUUGGCCGCCGGCGAUAAUACGGCAACACCGCCUGGCGAUAACAUUAAACAAGAAUAA